CAUAGUCUAGAUAUGUAAACUAAAACCCCAUCAGACCACUAAUAAUGGGCCAUAAUGUACAUAAUUUGCUUCCGAAGGGGGUCCAUUCACAGUUUCUUCCGUCUCAAAUCUCAACUCCUGCGCAUGCGCAUAGAGGAUAUUCUGAGGCAUCCAUUAAGUCCUUUGACGGUUUGUUUACCGUCUAUAGUAGAAGAGUUCCUUAGGGUAGCUGAAGCCACAUGCUUAUUUAGUUUCCCUGACAGUGAUGCCCCUGUCGGCGGUCUACUGGAGUCUGAACACUCAAUAGCAUUUGGUGGGUAUCAGAGGCUGGAUACAUUUUUCCCAUUUGAUCCCUGCUUGCUAAAGAAGGCCGACAGGUUUAUUAGGCCAAACUAUGUACACUGUCAAUGGUUCAAAAUGCAUAUGAUGAGAUUGAAGAAGACGAAUGCACGAGCGAUGAAGAUGAUGAUGUCGAAGUCUGUAUACCUGGGAACGGUAUAGACAUAAUAGCUCAAGGGACUGCCCGUGGCAAUGAGAAUUUUGAGGAGUUCGAUAAUACCCUUAGCAAGAUGUCUAUAACUCCUACUAAAAACUUGUUACUUCAUCAAAGCUUAGGCGGUCAAAGGGCAGGUUUGCAGAUGCCGUCUAGAAUCCGACCAUGCCCUGAAUCUCUGUGAUCGGACAGCCAUUGAUGGUUGGUUGGUUGCUUUUACUAUGGGCAAGAAGAAUAUUUGUAUUUGUGUGCGUUGCCACUUUGUAAACUUAAUAUGAGCUUGAAACAGACAUUAACGAGCCUGUACUACUACCGUAGCUAAUUAUCAUUUGUCUAAUACUGUAUGUUGAACUUGGAAUGAGAUCAAACUCUCUGCUAGUUUCUUCUGGGCUGCUGCCUCCUCUUUUGAGCUGUCAUAAAUGAAUCUUUUAAAUUUGAAAAUUUUGUUUUUGUAGUUUCUCUGGUACCUGAACUUCAAAUCCUUUCACAAAAAUCCCUGAACUUACACAAUCCUUUCACUAAUGAGCCAUUAGCCCGUUUCUAGGUUAACUUCCG